AUGGAGUCGCAGCUUCGUUUUCUUCUCGCACACGUGCGCAUGGGCCACCAGCGGCGCUACCAGACGUGGUUUGCCACCCGGUUUCUCGCCGCCCCGGAGAGCGAGUCCCUCGUGGCGGAUUUGAUUCGUUUCGUCUGCUGCUCGGUGCAUCCGACCAAUCAGGUGCUGCAAUCCGACGUGGUGCCACGCUGGGCGAUUGUCGGUUGGCUGCUCAAAUGCUGCAGAAGCUGUCACAUGGAGGCAAAUGCCAAGCUGGCGCUCUUCUACGAUUGGCUCUUCUUCAUGCCCAAGACGGACAACAUCAUGAACAUCGAACCCGCGAUGCUGUGCAUGGUCCAUUCCCUUCCCAAAUACGCCAUUAUGACCAACUCCCUCCUGGAAUUCCUCUUCCUCCUUCUAGACCACUACGACGCGGCGCAUAGAGAGGUAAUUCUCCGUGGAAUUUCCGCCUCGAUCGACAUUUUGGUCGUCAAGGGAGUCGUGCCUAGUCUCGAGCCGCUAGCCACAAGCGGCUUCAUUCCGACGAAGCUUCGUGAGCGGCUUCAGGCGCUUUUUCCUGCGCAUUGCCGGCUCGACGCGUCUCCGCAUCGGUACUUACCCCCCUCACCCUUGCAUGACCCGCAUUAUGCGGAAAGAGCUGCGGCGGCGGGAAUACCUGGGGGUGGGGGAGGGGCAGGGGGGAGAGGGGGCCAAGCGCGGGGGAGCGGGGCUCUGGUGAAAUCCCCAAGCCCUUCCCCCCCGCAUUUGGCAGCUGAGAGGGAUAACAUGGGGAAUAUUGUUGGCAGCGGAGCGGGGAUAAGGGCGACGGAGGAGCAGCGGGGGAAGGAAUGGGAGGUGGUGAAAACGGGGGAAGGAGGUGCAGGCGCUGGCGCAAGCCGUCCUGUGGGUGAUUCUGCUGCCUCCGCCGCCGCCGGGAAGGGCGCGGUUGACGGAAGUGGGUCCACCGGUGUCGCAAGGGCUGGGGAAGAUGCGGAAAUGGGGGAGGCUAGCGCUGCAGGGGAAGACCAGGUUGGCGGGAAAGACCCCGGUGGAGCGGAGAAACGAGGGAAGUCCGCGGAAGGCGCAGAGAUGGAAUCAGGGGAGCACGGCGGAGGGGAGGGUGAUGUGGCGGAGGGAGAGAGUGGUAAAGGGGACCGGAAGAGGAAGAGGGAAGAGAGGGAAGAGGGAGAGGAGGCGAUUGAGGCUGGGGAUGUGGAGGCUGGGGAGGUGGAGGGAGGGGAGGUGGUUGAGGAGGAAGGGAAAGGAGAGCACAGCGAGGAGAGAGAGGGCAUGGACGGGGAUAUGAAGGCCAUAGAGGGUAUGAUAAAGAGUAUGGAAGAAGCUGCGGCGGUAGGGGACGGGGCGAAGGUCAUUCGAGAAUUUGAGGCGUUCCUGGUGGCUUUAAGAGUUGAGUAUUCGAGGAGAGAGGGUGACGGGCGGAAGGCGCAGGGGGGAGCUGACGGGAACGUGCACGGGGAAACUGAGGGGAAGGCGCGAGGGACUGCGCACGGGAAAGCGGAAGACGGGCAGGAGAUGGAAAAAGAGGGCAAGGGGGGAAUGCAGGAUGAGGAAGACGCGGGGCUGGAUGAGGAAGACGCGGGGCUGGAUGAGGAACGAUCUGACAGGAGCGUCGACUCGGAUGUGACUACAGAGACGGCGAGCGAUGCUUGCGAGGAUGGCAGGAAGGAGGAGGAAGCAACGGCGUCAGCAACAAAAGCUGCAUCAGUUGGGGAGGGAGCCGAAGGAUCAGGUGAAGCGGGCAGGAACGACAGCAGCAGCAGCCGACGGGGAGUGAAGGGAGUUAGGUCGAAGAGAGCUCGCGUAGCAGCGUCGGUAGAUAAAGCAGCAGCAGGCGUAUCGACAACCGUAGCAGCAGGAUCAGGUGCACAAUCCCUUUCUGAAGAAUCACUAGAGGGAUUCAAUAGCAGAGAAGACGCAGCAGCUAAGGUAGCUGGCCUAUCAGAUACUCGGUUGAACGAGCUGCUGCUGCCGCUACCCCGCCUUCCUACCGCCGUGGGAACUUUGGAAGGUGCUUCUAGGGACGGUGUCAAUGGGAACGAUGCUUUUGGGAAUGAGGCUGCUACUGGGAAGGAUGGUUCUGGGAGUGGUGCUUCUGAGGACGGGACAUCUGGGAACGGUGUAUCUGCUGGUGCAGCUGGUGUGAAGGCGAAGCUUGGAACGCCAUACGCGUUAGAAGGCGCCGCGUUAUCAAACUGGACGUCAACUUUGAUGGUUUUGCACGAGUAUGUGGUGCAGAAUGAGUGGUGGCGGAGAGAAUGGAGGGCGGUUGGUGGUGGGGAGGAUGGGGAGGAGAACGAGGAGGAGCAGAGAGAAGAGGCAAAUGCGAUGGACGCUACAGGAGGGGAGGAGGGCCAGGGGAGUGGAAAAGAAAAAGAACAUGGGGAGGACGAGCAGGAAAAUGAGGGGAGUGACAAGAAAAAGGGUGAAUGUGGCGGGAAUGACUUGAAUUCUUUACUGCCAGUAGAGGAGUUGCUUAUAUCGUGGCAUGACAUGGGCAAGCCGGUUACUGCCUGGUUGCUCUGCGUGGGUGCAGCAGCAGCGGAGAAGGAACAACUGAGUGAGGCCGAUGCCCUUGCAGCAGCAGCAGCUAUGGUAACCAACGACAGGGAGGAUACACCACCUGGUCUGGAAGUUGCCUCUGGCAGAGAAGAGAGUGGGGCGCAGCGAGGGGGCUCUAGGGGAAAGCCAGUGGUGGAAUGUGUGGGGCAGGAGGGGGAGAAGGAAGGCUCAGGGAAUGGAAACAAGAGGGUGCCAGCAGAGGUGGUUUUUGGUCUGUAUGAGCGGCUGGUUGGGCUGUGCUGGGGGCGAGAUGAGGAGGGGAGCAAUGAGGUGGAGGAUGCGAAGGAUGAGGGAAGGGAUGAGGGGAGGGAUGAGGGGAGGGAUGAAGGAAGAGAUGAUGGAAGAGGUAAGGGAAGCGAUAUGGAGAAAGAUGGAGGGGGAGACGGGGGGAAUGGACGUAAGGGCGGAUUGGUGGGCAAGGGAAAGAAAGGAGGCAUUGAUGCAGGCAAGCAGGCUUCGUCAGCAGGAGCAGCAGCAGCAGGAGAAGAAGGAGCAGCAUCAGAGACCAAAGCAGAGGUAGAGACAGGAGCGGACAAAGUGACAGCAAGGAAGAGUGAAGUUUCUGCGGUUGGGAGGAGUAAGGAGGCGAGGAAAGGAGACCAGCAGCAGAAGCUACUGGAAGAGCAGAGGAAGCAACAGCAGCAGCAGCAGCAGCAGCAGGUGUUCAUGUCGGUGGUCGGGGACAGUUGGUCCUGGGACGGGCAGGAGCAGCAGUGGUUGUGGCAGUUGGCAACUGCUGAGGCUGUUGGUUGGAGCAACACAAACAAAGGGCUUGUGAGAGAGGAACUGGAGGACUAUGUGGAUAAAGAGCAGCAGCAGCAGAAGGAGACACAGCAGCAGGAGGAAGAGGUUCCCCUUCCGUUGCUUCUUCUACAAGCUAGUUCUGCUGCUGCUGCUGCUGCUGCUGCUCCCAGCAGCAAUCCUUCUGCUGAUACCAGCGACGUUCCCACCAGCAAGUCUGCUUCCUCUCCUACCAGCCACAGCGCAUGGGAAGGGCCAAGUUGUGAGGCACUCGCAUGUCUGGAGAUGCUGCUGCUGCAUGCAAUCCCGUCCGGCCCCCUCCUCUCUGGAGUUGGAUUUGCAGAAGCAGGAAUAUAA